UGCGCAGGCGCCCCAGGAAGAGCCCUGCGCCUCUCUCCCUCUCUGCCCUAGGUCCCCCUCUCGGCAAGUCCCCAUGAGAGUGGGGUUCCGGUAGCGGCGGGUUCCGCGCCAGACAGAAGCGGCGGCGGGGGCUCUGGUUGCUGUCCUUCAGCAUGUUCACUAUGAAGUUACUAGUAGUGCUUGUGUUUUCUGGACUUAUAACUGGUUGCAGAGGCAACUCUUCCUACAUUUUGCCACCCAAGCUACUCCUGGUGUCCUUUGAUGGCUUUAGAGCUGACUAUCUGCAGAACUAUGAAUUUCCUCAUCUCCAGAAUUUUAUCAAAGAAGGUGUCUUGGUGGAACAUGUUAAAAAUGUUUUUAUCACAAAAACAUUUCCAAACCACUAUAGUAUUGUAACCGGCUUGUAUGAAGAAAGCCAUGGAAUUGUGGCUAAUUCCAUGUAUGAUGUUGUCACAAAGAAACAUUUUUCUGACUCUAACGACAAGGAUCCUUUUUGGUGGAAUGAGGCAGUACCCAUUUGGGUGACCAAUCAGCUUCAGGAAAACAGAUCCAGCGCUGCCGCUAUGUGGCCUGGUACUGAUGUACCCAUUCACAAUGUCACACCUUCUUAUUUUAUGAAUUAUAAUUCUUCAGUGUCAUUUGAAGAGAGACUAAAUUAUAUUACCAUGUGGCUAAGCCAUUCAAACCCACCAGUCACCUUUGCAACACUCUACUGGGAAGAACCAGAUGCAAGUGGCCACAAAUAUGGACCUGAAGAUAAAGAAAACAUGCGCAAGGUGUUGAAAGAAGUAGAUGAUCAUAUUGGUGCUCUAGUUCAGAAACUCAAGUUGGUAGGGUUGUGGGAAAAUCUUAAUGUUAUUAUUACAAGUGAUCAUGGGAUGACCCAGUGUUCUCAGAAAAGACUGAUAAACUUGGAUCUUUGCCUCGAUCAUUCAAACUAUACUCUUAUAGAUUUGACCCCAGUUGCUGCAAUACUUCCCAAGAUAAAUAAAACAGAGGCUUACAACAAGCUGAAAAACUGUAGUCCUAACAUGAAUGUUUAUCUCAAAGAAGAUAUUCCUAACAGAUUUUAUUACCAACAUAAUGAUCGAAUUCAGCCUCUUAUUUUGGUUGCUGAUGAAGGCUGGACAAUUGUGUUAAAUACAUCAUUAUCAAAAUUAGGUGACCAUGGUUACGAUAAUUCUUUGCCUAGUAUGCAUCCGUUUCUAGCUGCCCACGGUCCUGCAUUUCACAAAGGCCACAAGUACAGCACAAUUGACAUUGUGGAUAUUUAUCCAAUGAUGUGUCACAUCCUGGGAGUAAAGCCACAUCCCAAUAAUGGAACCUUUGGUCAUACUAAGUGCUUAUUAGUUGACCAGUGGUGCAUUAAUCUCCCAGAAGCCAUUGGAAUUGUGAUCGGUGCACUCUUGGUGUUAACUACUCUUACAUGCCUCAUAAUAAUCAUGCAGAACAGAUUCUCUGUACCACAGCCAUUUUCCCGACUUCAGCUACAAGAAGAUGAUGAUGACCCUUUAAUUGAGUAACCAGUGCUGGGGUUUAUACAAAGAGUUCGUUAAUCAUAAAACUAAGGAUACAUCCAUGUAAUACUCCUAGAACCAUGGAAAAGUAUACUUUGGAAGACGAUUUUGUCCAAGCAUGCUGAAAUUAUUUUGUAUCAUUUUUCCUUGUGUUUUGUUUUGGUACAUUAGCCAACAUGACCCUGACCAUGGUAAACGUGCAAAUAAAUCAUUAGUUGGCACCAUCUAUUUCUGUAACUAGAAGUAGCUUUUGAGAAAAAAGCUCCCUAUGCCUUUUUUUUUUUUUUGCAGUGAAGAUAUGAUACAUCUUUUAAGAAACAUACCAAAAUUUAAUAGGCAUGUUUUUCUAAUAAAUUUAUAUAUUUAUAAAUGAAACAUCAGAAAUCUUUAUGCAAUUUGUGGAUUUUGUGUAUCAGGGAGGGAAAGUUUGCUAUAUUUUUAUAUUUAUCUUUAAUUAGUCUGUACCUCAAGUAAACCCUUAAUGUAAGAGAUCUUCUAGUUUUUAAUAAAAUUGGUUAGCCAGACAGAAAAGAUCUAAGAUACAAAGAAUUUAUUUUAAAGAAAAUUAUUAAGAAACAAAAACAAAGACCGUGUGAUAUAAAGCCUAUGUUUUCACCAUUGCCUGUUAAGACCGUUCGGUUGGUGAAAUCUCAAAAGUCAAAUUUUUAAAAAUUAUUGCUAUUAAGAUUAGCAAUCGGUUAUUGGUAUUUAUUCUUAAUGCCUGUGUAAGUUACUGUGGGGUGUGUGUGUGUUUGCAUGUAAGGGUGUGUAAAUGUUAGUGUGUUAUGGGUCUUACAGAAGCAGAUCAAAGGGGACUGGACUGUAGCCAGGCUUCUGCAUUGCCCUAGGAUAUAGCUCUCAAGAAAGGUUAUGUUUUGCACUUCAUAUUUGUUUACUUUCUUCUCACAAGUUAAAAUGAUAAUGUUUAACAACUUGUUAUUUUUGGUUGCCAUUUUUAACCUUUUUCUGCUAUUUAUUGUGACCUGAGAUAUUCAAGUGCUGUAGAAACAUUCAUGGCCUGAAUGCAAAUCUGAUUUUGAUUGGGUCCAAAUCAUGAAGAGAGAUUUUUAUAUUUACCUUUGGGACUUUAUGCCUUACUUUUUGGACAAUAAUUAAGAAACUUAAUUCUCUCUCUGUAUCCUUCUCUCUUUCUCUCUAACUCUGCCUUUCAAAUAAAUAAAAUAAAUCUUUAAAAAAUGGAAAGAAAACCUAAAAUGGCAUUUAACAUUUUCCCAUCUUUUAUACCAUUCGUAUAUGUUAAGUGCUAGAGUAGCCAUGGUGCUGUCUCUGUUUUUUUCUCUCCUAAAUUUGGAUAAUGGAAAUACUCACUCUGCUCAUAUCUUUUCACAUGUGUUUUCAGAGCCAGAGAUUUGUUGUGAAAGAAGAACUGUCAUCUUGCCUUUACUAGGUUGUACCUUUUAAUAAUCAAAAUUAGUAUGAAGAAACUGGUAGUGGCAGACUAGAUUGUAUUCACUGUGGGGAGAAAUUGGAUUUGAGAACCAUUUACCAGGCUCUGAUGCAAGAAAUUUAUAUUAAUAGUGUCGUAUUUAAAAUGCUAACAAUAUAAACUAAAUGGUAACUUAUAUAGAUAUGAAUCUGAUUUUUCAAGUACAAUAAAUAUACAGCCCAGUUACAUAUUGGCUAUGUGUGAUGAUAAAACUAACAGUGGUGCCUAUCACCAAACAUAUAAGCCUCCUAUGGGAUCAUUGCUAACUUCCUGAGCCUGGUAUUUGGUGCCUAUUGUAUCUGAAGUUUCUAAGAAGCAUUUCCAUACCCUGCAUAAAUAAUUCAUACUAUUGGUCAUAAUAGAACAGCAUAAUAAAUAAAUGAAAUAAAAACAGUAAGACUGAUUUUACUUUUUGAUAGAUUAUAUUUUUGCUUACUUUUCUUCAUAUAAAACAGUUAUUCUAAAGGUUAAUAGCUUAUUUAAAUGAAAUAAUAGGAAAUGCCCUUUCCAUGUUAAUUUCUAUUAAAGAAUAGAACUGUUGCAUUUGAAACUUUUUUCCUACAUAGUGGACAUUUUUGACUUGUCUAAAAUAGAAUGUUUUGUACUUGUUGACUAGAACUUAGUUCUUGCAAUGGUGUGUUAGCUUGAUAGCUAUCUAUGAAUUUCAGAAGUGCGUACAUGGCAUCCAAUCAAUGAGUGAGUUUUAUGGAGGAUGGAAUAGGAAAAGAUUUAUUGUUAGUACCUUAACCCUACCAACAAGACUUUUAACUAUUUAUCUUGUUUUUCAUUCCAUUCUCUAAAUAUUAGAUUUAAUUUUACAUUAGGUAUUUUUUCAAAGUGUACGUUGGUGGGACAAGAAGAAUAGUAUUUAUUUAAUCAAAUAUAACUUUAUAAAUUGUAUUGAACUUUGUGUUAAUUCAUUUGUAUAUUUAAAAAAAUCAUCACUGUUAAAGUCAAGGAUCCUGUAGAACACUGAGAAGAUCUUGUAAUAAAGUUAACCUUGUACAGUUUGGAGUGUAUUUUGUUAAAUAAUUAAGUGACAUGCUGCUGUGUUUUCUGAGUGGUUGAAAGUAUUUGACUCUAGGAAACAUUAAUUGUUUAUGACAACAAUAUGCAAAUAUAAUAGGAAAGCUAUGAGUUUUUGGUUACUUCAGAGUAAGUACAUUUACUUAUAACUUUGGGACAGUUGUGUUACUGCUAAUCUGUGUUAUUCUGCUAAACAGCAACAAAAUAUUUCAAUGCCUUAUGCAGUGGGCUCUGUGUGAUUAUUCUGUUAGGCUUGGAAUAAGAAUCUACAGAUAAAUUCUUGAAAGAUUAAAGGAGUAUAUCAUUUUGGGUAUCUCCUCUUUUGGCCAUCUCUUGUAAGCUUUAAAGAUGUUUGUAUUUAUAUUAAUUCCUUUUACUUGGAGGAUUUUACUUCAUUGUUAAUAUAUAAAAUUACAAAUGAAAGACAAAGAUGAGAUAUAAUAGGUGUAUUUAUUGUCACUUUUUAAAGUAGUACAUAAAUAACAUGAAUGUGCUUUAAAGAAAUUCAUAUGUAGUGCCUUAAGUUAAAAAAUAUAUUUUGACUACUUUGAUUGUAUAAUAACAUUGCUUAUGAUUAAAACAUUUAUGUGAUUAAAAUUUACCAAAGCA